UUCUGUCAAAGUCAGUUAUAUUUUGAGCGGCUUCUUGACCGGACUGCUUCUCGACGAUCAAAGACUAAACCAUCGUUACGGUCAAGCGGUUGUGAUACCACCCUUGUGUAUAAUGGCGCGUUUUGCUGCCACACUCGGUGUCAUCAUCCUGUCGGGAUUCAUCAACCUCACAGCAGCAAACAAAGACACUUGUGAUCUUCAUGCUGUAGUCGGACAGAGUCUGACUCUGCCGUUUGUCUACGAGGAACUGGCAAACUCACAUGUGCUGAGAUGGACUCAUAAUAGCACAAUCAUUUUAUACAGACAACAAGGCAAAGUGUCCGUUGGAAAGCCGGAGGACUUAUCUGCAACCGGAUCUCUUGUGCUGAAGAACCUGCAAUUCUCAAGUGCAGGGGAAUACCAAGCGAAGUUGUUGAAUCCCAACGGUACACUGGCUAAGUCAUGGACUGGUCGUCUCUGUAUGAUGGACAAGGUAUCAAAACCUCAACUCGCCUACAUUUGUGACCCCAAGUCUGGUGCCGUUAAUCUCAAUUGCCACGUAGCUAAUCCUCAGAGUUGGAUGUUCUCAUGGAUGCUCAAUGAAAAGACCUUAACCAGCGAGACAAGACCAACGCUGAGCAUUUCGCUUGCUCAGCUGAAAGGGGAGAUGAGCUUUACAUGUAGUGUGGCAAACAAAGUCAGCAAGGAAAAGAGUGACACUGUCCGCCCGAAUUGUAAAAGUCCACCACCACCACCAACAAUCUGUUUUAAAUCCAAAACUGUUGUCGCAGUGCUAGCAGGAGGAGCAGGUCUGAUUCUGUUGUUGCUCAUCAUAAUCAUCGUAUUAUGCAUCUGCCACAUACGCAUCAAAACCCAAAUGCGACGCAGGGAUGAAGGGGAGAUGAGGAUGCAUUCUCUAAACAAGCGAGUGCCUGACUCUAUCAGCCCAGAGUAUGAGACUAUGCUCCCAACUGAGGACUCUCCACCCCUGAGACACAAUCUUUCCCCCAUAGACUGUUACAAGAAUGUUUCUCAGCCUGAAGAGCAGACUGAAAACAGGCCCGCACAGCUGUCCACAGAUGCUGCAGGACAACCUUCACCUGUGCCGAAGCCGAGGACGAAGAGCCCCCAGACGACAAACAUCUGAAUCUACCUCCCUCUUUUUUUUUCUUUUUUUCGCGUUUUUAACGUACCAAAAUGAAAGAAAUUGAUUCAGAAAAUGUUCUAUUUCUGUUCCCAAUUUAAUAUUAUAUUCUAUCAAGACACGCUGUGGGCCCGGGAGGCAGAAUUGUAAGUAGUAGCAUCUUUAUUUACCCAGAAACAUUAAAUGUGAUAUCAUGCCUGAUCUAUGUUGAAGUUUUGUUGUUAGUGUUUUCAAUUUAGCCUUUAUAGAGGUGGGGGUAAAGGGUUGGUGGGGAAUAUAAAGGGGACUUAUCAGCUUUAUUAUGACUUGCAGUCAAUGUACUUCUGUCUUAUAGAUAAAGCAAUAAAAGCAUGAA